UUACUACAGUCGUUCACUGACGAGCGUCGUGAUCGGACAAGUUUUCGGCUCGUGACGCUGCGAAGGAAGAUGGCAGAUUCAGCCAUGACCGUUCGGUACGCCGUAGUUGUGACAAUCGGUGUAUUUUUGUUAAAAUCAUGCAGUGGAGAAGAGACGGACAUAAAGUUAGACAAAAAGGCUCAAUUGUUGCACAGGUUGGACAGCUUGAACUUGUUAUUGUACACGUUUCUACUAAUACUGACAGUGUUAACUAUAUGGACUUUCAAGCAUCGCCGACUGCGAUUCUUGCACGAGACUGGCCUCGCUGUCAUCUACGGACUGAUUGUCGGGGCAAUAAUCCGAUAUGGUUUCACAAAUAGCAGCACAAUAGUUCACAUGCCUGUAGUACCGGAACCUGAUGGUAGCCAUUACAAUCAGUCGGUACCACCGGAUACAUUGUGGUUACGUUUUCCGGAAAGUAAGGGUGAUGGAACAACCAAGAACAAAACUUUUGCCUAUUCCUUUCGUGGAGAAAUUUAUAAGCGAGACAACGAAAUUGACCUCAAGGCUACAUUUGAUCCAGAAAUCUUCUUCAACAUUAUUCUACCCCCGAUUAUAUUCCAUGCUGGAUACAGUUUAAAGAGGAAAUACUUCUUCAGAAAUCUUGGCGCUAUUUUGACCUACGCAUUGAUAGGAACUACCAUAUCUUCCUUUGUCAUUGGCGCACUCAUGUACACCUUCAUACAGCUGAUACCUCAUUUAGCUUCAUCGUUUACUUUCCUAGACACCUUGUACUUUGGUGCUCUGAUCUCGCCAACCGAUCCACUGACAAUCAUUUCCAUAUUCAACGAUCUACACGUUGACGUGAAUUUGUACGCUCUUGUCUUUGGAGAGAGUGUUUUGAAUGAUGCGGUUGCCAUUGUGCUUAGUGGGUCUAUUCAAAACUACGCCGAACGGUAUCAGUCAGGCUCUGGCGGGUUUGAAACUUGGGCAUUUUUCCAAGCCCUUGGAGAUUUUAUUAGAAUAUUCAGCCUGUCGCUGUUCAUAGGAGCCACAAUGGGCUGCGUUACUGCAUUGCUGACUAAGUUCACCCGAGUUAGAGAUUUCCCGUUGCUGGAAUCUGCCCUCUUCGUCUUGAUGUCCUACAGCACUUUUCUCAUCGCCGAAGCCUCUGAUCUUACAGGCGUCGUUGCUGUACUAUUCUGUGGUAUAUGCCAAGCUCACUACACCUAUAACAACUUGAGCGUCGAUUCGCGACAACGGACUAAGCAGCUCUUUGAAUUGCUCAAUUUUUUAGCAGAAAAUUUUAUUUUCAGCUACAUCGGUGUCUCCAUGUUCACUUUCCCAAAACAUCAUUUCGAUCCAGGUUUCAUUUUCGCUGGAUUCUUCUGUGCAUUGCUUGGUCGAGCAGUGAACGUUUACCCGUUAUCCUUCCUCUUGAAUUUGGGACGUAACCCAAAAAUACCAUCGAACUAUCAGCACAUGUUGUUUUGUGCCGGUUUAAGAGGAGCGAUGAGCUUUGCUCUCGCCAUUAGAAAUACUGUGUCCGAUGCUCGGCAAGCUAUGCUAACAACGACGAGUCUGAUUGUUAUUCUCACAGUCAUUCUACAGGGUGGUGCCACCACACAGUUUUUAAGCUGGUUCAACAUACCUGUUGGUGUUGACGAAGAAGUUGAAGUAUUAUCUUACAAUGGAGUACGAAGCUCUGCUGGCGAUGGUGGCUUUGGUGAUCCAGAGAGUCGGCGUGAAAGAAGUCCCACGUACGAUUCUAUGCAGGGUGGUUCCCUGUCGAUGGGUGGAAGCACAUCGAAAACAAAUGAAAAGGCUCUGCUUGCAAGAAUAUGGGGCAAUUUUGACACCCAUUACAUGAAACCGUUACUUACUCACUCUCGACCAACCCUACUGGACACUCUACCGGUCUGUUGUGGUCCUUUGGCCAGGAUCUUGACCACUACUCAGCAAAUGACACAGGACAAUGUGGCUCGGAGGGUGGAUUCAGACUCUGACUUGUGCCUGGAGGAUCGUGACACUGAUAGGCGGAGGACGAGCAUUCAGCCGACGUGUAUUCCAAUCAGCCCUGCUAACGGAAUGCAUUUAUGAUCCAUGGUUUCAGUUCAGCUCUAAUUGCAACAGAUAAGUUAUGUUUUAGUUAUAAAUAUGAUUUGUUUGUGUUUUUUUUUAGUUUUCGUAUUAUUAUUGUCUUUACUAUUUAUACGUCGAAUGGAUUAUACCACUAAUUCUGACACACUUUUCUCUUAUAAAAACUAAAAUUUAUAUCGCAUCUACGUGCGGGAUUCGAUACCGUUUAGGAAAUUAGUCUACUUUCCGAUUUCUAUUCUAAAAGGUUUAAAGGAUUGUUGUCUGAUUUGUUAUAGUUGCGAAAUUUUGAUAUUCACUGAUACAAGCUAUUGGUAAUAAAAAUUAGUAAGUGAAUUACUUGCAAUAUGGAAUGAAUCGAUAGUGAAAACAAAAAAACCAAAACAAUAUUCAAAUGCAAAUAAAACAAACAGAAGCAACUUAGGCCACUUUAUUAUCGAUUUACAAAUAUAUGUCAAUUUCACAACUGUUUUUUGGAAAAACGAAAAUAGCCCUGUACGAAAAUUGCAAAAAAAAAUGGAAAACAAAAAUGACUACAAAUUCUAAUCUUAUUUACAAUUUUGAGGUAUAUGCAAAAGUGUGCCAGAAUACCAACUCGUGGAAUGAAGUCAACGUAUACAUUGUUCCUUAAUUUUUUCCACUCGAGGGUUUUGUGUAGAGUUUUUAUUAUUACUAUGUCGUACGUCGUGCACAAAAAAAAAAGCAAAAGAAGAAAAAAAAAACUGUAAAAAAAAAAAUAAAUAAAUAAUAAAAAAUGUAGGAAUUAAAAGAAUAGGGUCGAAAAUGAAGAAAAAUGUUUGAUGCGUUAUCGUCAUCCGGUUGAAGGUGCGUGCACGCUUGCGUAUUGCAGUAUUAUUUAAAUACCAAUUAUAAAAUAGAUAAUUUACACUGGAUAAAAACUGCGUAUAUAUAUAAUAUAUAUAUGUCUGUAGCUGUAAUGCAUAGAGCUUGAUUCAGUGAAUUCAAUUGUAAUUAUAAUAAUGCACUCUCGGUUUGAAUUUGUUAGGGCCUACUAUACAUUAAAUAACAUAUUGUGUGACACUAUUGAUGGUUGAUGGUUUCAAUCGUUUGUGUGGGUCAGCUUGGAACUGUGACGGGAGAAGUUAGUCCGGGGCAACAACCGCUGCACACACGAGUCGCCCUGCCAGGUUUGAUUGGCAGACAUUUAUAAACUAUUGCUAUUGAUAAUAUUGUUAUUAGUAUCGAUGGUAAUCGCGUGGCUUAUGAAAAAACAAAAGAAAAAAAAAAAUUGAAGAAGGAACCACAAUUACCGAAUCUCGUCUUUCUUAUACAUUAUACACUAAUGAAUUAUAGCUAUCAUGACGCAUUAUACGCUCAUUGUACCAAUUGUCGGGUUUCAUAUUCUGAACCAUUUGCGGUUACGUUUGAAGCUUGUAUUCACCAUAGGGAAUUCGAAUGAUUUUUUUGUAGUAUUGUUAAUUAUUUAGUAAUCUAGUCAAAGAAGUUUUAAUCAAGUAAUAAGUCACAAAAUUCUUUGGACUCAGUUGCAUAUGUUUCAUGGAAUCAUUCGAUGACAUCAAUCAAUAUUCACGUUUGAGAUAAUACAUUUUUCAUAUUCCUUAUUACCGAUGAUUGCGUGAAACGUUUUUUUCUUUUCAAUGAUAUUCACGCUUUACAGUAAUGUACGUAAUAUAAAUAUACUUUCUGUCGCAGAAACUUACAUGAAAAAAUCAUUCUAUUUCCCUACCACUGUAUUUGUAAUUACCUACAUAUAAAUUAUACAUUGUUCAUAGUUUCGAACGUACUUUACCGUAAGCCGGAUAGUUCAAGGAGUAAUUUGUAAAUCUUAUCGCACUUUUGCGAAAUUGUAUAGAGGUUUAUACAGAUUUUUUUAUAGAAUAUUAUGCAUCCUCUGUUUGGUGAUGUGGAGAAUUUUUGGCAUGCACGCCUCUGGCUUGAAAAAACAGGCACAAAAUGUAUUGUUUUGAAAGAAAAAAUUUCAAAAUAAACUUUUGAGUGCAAAAAUACCACGGUAACACGGUGUAUAAUUUUUCAAGCUGAAUUUAUUGACCAGAUAAUUUAUAAACCGAAGAAUAGAUUCAUUCACCUUCAGUUUUUGUCUGCAGGAAACUAUGGGUGUCAGUCAAAAUUCAAGUGAAAUUCAUAAGUCCGAGGUAUAGCUUUGCGAAAAUCCAGUGUUCUACGGUUAUUAAAUCAGUCCUGUACAAUCAUUGAAAUACCUGUAAUUGAUCGCUGAUCAAAAUAGAGGUUUGAAUUUAUGCAUAAAAAUUAUACAAACGAAUUAAAUAUAUUUACUUUCAUGAAAUGUUUUCUAUGUAUACUGACUUACAAACGAUUAUUAUAUGUAUACAUACUGUAACGUAGUGGUUUAGGAUAUUUUAUACAAAUCUUUAAACAGAUUUCAUAACGUUUCAUUGAUUCGAAUUAUAAAAAAGUUGAAAAAAAAAUGACAUUUCAUUCUAUAUAUUUCUAUUCAAUUGAUAUAUUGACCGCGCGCCAAAACUAAAAUUCGAGGAUCAAUAUUGUUAGAAUUUAUUACAUAAUUAUAGGUAAAAAAUUUAAGUUUGGGCUGUGAUCUCUCUUUACUCCUUGGAAAAUGGAAAUGAAAAAAAAUAUAUAUAUAUAUAUAAUAUACGUAUAACUUAUAUUUCUAUGAGAAAUUUUGAAUAUUCAUCGAAUGUAAACAUUUGUCGCUGCAGUCUUGGUGUCAAUUUAUUUAUUUUUUUUUCUUUUGACCUAGAAAAAUCAAUAAAAACAACUAUAUGAGUCGAGCAUGGGUCAUGUUUGAAACUCUUGUAUCAGUAUAUAUUUGUAAGCUGAGAAAGUAUAACAGCGUGAACUUAUUAUACUCGAUGCGAUCACUUGCAUGAAUUCCGCAAAUGAUUUUUUUUCAUGUUGAUUUAAUUUAGUUUAUUACAUAUAUGUAUCUUGAUUUUUCAACAAAUUACCGAAAAGACACUGGUCGUAUGUAAAUCGAAAUAUCUCGUUUUGAUUGUUACGAUUGUUUUUCAUCCAUAUAAUGAAUUAUUGAUGUUCAAUUCCAUCUGUAUUACUGUAGGUACUAUUACGAUAAUGUUGUGAUACUACACAUACAUGAUAAUUUGUAUUACGUACAUAUAUAUAUACAUAUACCUAUAUACAUACAUGUAUAUAUAUGUAUAGGUAUAUAAUAUACACCACUUGAUAGUAUUUAAUAAAGUCUCUGUAAACUA